AUGGAGUUUAAGAUUAUUAAAUAUAGUCAAUAUAAAGAAAUUGAUAAGGCAAACUUAUGUAAAUUUGAUGAUAACAAUUUCAUUUUUGUUGCAAUAUCUUAUGUAAUAGAAAUGGAUUUACAUGUUAAAAAAGAUGAAUCUGUUAUUGAUAUUGAUGAUCAAAUCACUAUUGAUAAUAAUAAAAGAAAGCAACCUUUAAAUGGAAAAACAAUUAUCUAUAAAGUAAUUUUAGAUUCAUCUAAACAAGAAAAAAUUAAACCAUACAAAAAAGAAGAAAUUGGUGGAAUUGUUUCUUUUGUUUAUGAGAAAAACAAUUUUAGUAAAGCAGAUUGCUUUAUUUUUAAUGCUAAAGGAAUAUAUAGACUUUCAUUUUCUUUAAAAAAUUUUGAUUAUUUCAAAUAUCCAAAAAUCCUUAUGGAUGAAUUAGAUACUUUAUUUAAGAACAAAUCUAUUUUACGAAUUAAAAAUUGUAUUUUUGAUCAUUAUUUUUAUAUUGAGCAAUAUAGAGAAGGUAUUCAAGUUAUGCAAUUAUAUGAUUUAAGAACUAUGCAAAUACAACAGAUUUUUAAUAUAUACGAAGAAAAAAAUUAUUCAAAUAAAAAUAGCAAAUCUAUAUUAGCUAUUUCAGAAAAUGAGCAAAUGAUUGCCUUUUCUUCUGGAUAUGGAAAAUUAGCUCUUUAUUUAAUAGAAAAUGGUCUAGAAAUUAUUCAUAAAGAUUUUGGAAGGGAUACAAAAAUAAUUGCUUCUGAUUUUAAGGAUGAUAAUAAAUUAAUGAUUAUUAUUAAAAAAGCUAAACACCAGGGGGUAAACAUUUUACUUUGGAAUUUAUAUACAAAUGAAUAUCAAUAUAAUAUUCCAUUAAACAAAGUUGAUAUUAGUAGUUUUAAUAGUGCAAAAAUUCCUGGUAAAUAUGUAUCUGUUAAUAAAAAUGGAAGUAUAUUAUCGAUAUAUGAUAGUUUACAUUCAUUAGUUAGCAUGAAAGAUGCAAAUAAUCCUACACCAAAAUUUAUAAUAUACAGAGAUGGUAAAGUACCAACUGAAAUGAACGUAUUAAAAUUUGAUAAUAAUAUUGUUUAUCAUCAAGAUCUUUCAAAAAAAGAAGCUCAUAUUCUUAAAGAUAAUAUAGAACCAUGGACAACAGAUAAUUAUGAAAAGAUAUGGGUAUAUCUUGACUCAAAAGAAUCAAUGCAAUUAUAUAUUGGAAAAUAUACUAUUCAAAUAUGGUGUAAAAUUGAGCAAAAAGAAAAUUUCGUUCUUAAAUAUUUUUGGGCUACUGAAGAUUAUAAAUUACGAAUAUUCGAAUUAGAUAUUUAUGAAAAUGGUUUUUCUCUCAAGUUAGAAAAUAACAUUCAGAUUAAAUGGUUCUAUAAUGAUGAUGAUAUUAAUUUAAUUAAGCAUGCUUGCGAUUCCCUUGAAUAUCUAAUUUAUCAAAGAUAUAAAUUAAUUGGAUUUGAAAAUCAGCAUGUAUUCGAGGAAAUUAAGUAUAAUAUUUCUCUUAUAGUUUGGAAAUUUAUUAGAAAUUAUCCGAAUAUUUGGAAAGUGUUGGAUAUUCAUUAUAACCUUAUAGCAAAAAUUAUAAUUGGUGGCACAAAUACUCUCAUUAAAUUUAUUCUAUUUGGCGAUGAAAAAGUAAAACUUAAAUAUUUACAUAUACCAAGAAUAUCUCGAUGGAUUAGUUCUGAAAAAAUUACUAAAAUAAAUGAUAAUUUGAAAAAACCUACAAAGGAAAAAAUUAAUUUAAGUAAAUUCAGUGAUUUACAACUAGCUAUUAAAAUGUGUGAAUCAGGAGAUAUUGAACGUAACCGUAGAAUUUUAAUUGUAACUUAUUUACUUGAAUAUUAUACAAAAAAUGCAAUUGAAAAUCAUGGAUGGUUAAUUACCAUUUCAAAAGCAUUACCAGAUUUAUAUACAUUUAAAUUAGAGUAUUUUGUGAGCGAAUUAUUUUACAAAACAUGUAUGGAAGGUAUAGAAAUAUCAAAUAUUAUUGAAUAUAUGGAUUUUAUGCCUAAAAACUUUCAUAUUAUUUCAAAAAAGUUUAUAGCAUUUAAACCAAAUUCGAAUUUUAAAUCGACAAGUGUACCAGGACUUAAUUUUACAGCUUUAAGAAAUUAUGUUAAAAUUUUUUCCAACGAUCAUGAAAACUAUUUUCCGGUUGUAAAAAUAGUUCCUUUACAUAAUUUUACUGUUAAUAGAAUAUCUCAAAAAACUUAUGACUAUGAAGGUUCAUUUAUUAUCAAAAUAUUGAAACUAUUAUUUAUUCCUCGAGGUUAUUUUAUUAAUAAUUCAGAUAUUGCAGAAAAUUUUUCACAACUUAGUCCAUUUGUUCAAAUCGUUAGAUUAGAAAGUAAUGACAUAUUUAAUAAUCCAGUAAUGGAAGCUGUAAUUAAUUACAAAUGGCGUCCGGCAAGAAAUUAUUUUCUUCGACUUUUCUUUAUGUAUAUUUUAUUCGCAGCUUGUUUUGCAACUAUUUGUGGAAAUUACGUUGCACAUUCUGAAAUAACAGGAAGCCAUUAUUUAGCUUCAACUAUCUUGGCAAUUUUUGUAAUGUCAUAUUGUGUUAUUCCUUCAUUUAAUACUAAAAACGCUUUUGCUAAUGCUAAGACCAGCCAAGAAAAUACUAUUGCAAUUUCUUUUAGUAUACUAUUAUUGUGGUUUGAAUUUAUUUUAUAUCUUCGGUUAUUAUCAGAACCAGCAAAAUACAUCUACAUUAUGUUAAAUAUUAUUAAAGAGACUUGGAUAUUUCUUUCUUUUAUGAUUCUUGUAAUGGCAGGAUUAGCACAUAGUUUUUUACUAUUAUUACAAUAUCCUGAUUUUACAAAUCUUACCGAAAAUUCAUCAUCAUCUACAUUAUUUACGGGUGAUUCAACCGAGCUCAAAAUUCAAAAUGAUUUUGAUCGAACUGAGGAUAACCCAGCUAAAAAUUUCAUUACCUCAUUUCUUUCAACAUAUAAUUGGUUAAAUGGUAACUUUUUACAACAAGACACAUGGAAUCUUUGGGCAGUAAAAGUUAUCACUUUUAUUGGUAGCAUUCUUUUAGUUACUAUUCUACAAAAUAUGUAUAUUGCUUUUAUGGGUGGUGUGUAUUCUAAAGCAUAUGAGAAAGGUCGUGUUGCAUUAUUACGAUUUCGUGCAGAAUCAAUUUCAGACUAUGAGGCAUUAGAUGAAAUAUAUUUUUAUCCUCCAUCACCAGAACCAAAAUAUAUUUAUUAUAUAGGUAAAUCAAAAAGUUAUAAUGAAUGGGUUGCGAAUGUUAAAAAAUAUAAGAAAAGAAACUUAUAUGAGGAUUAUGAAAAGAAAAUGUUUGAAAGAAAAUUAACAUAUGAGGAUGAAGAAGAUGAUUGUUCCGGUGAUGUUGAUAGUUCUGAAAGUGAAAUAAAGAAUGAAAAAACUAGCAUUAAAGAGCUUAAUAGUAAGUUAGUUAAGAAAGGAAAGGAAAAUGAAAUUAGUAUUACUGAGCUUGAUAAUAAAGUUGCUAAGGAAGAAGACAUUAACAUUAUUAAUGAUCUGUAUAAAAAGAUUAAUGAUUUUAAUACUAAGAUUAAUGAUCUUAAUACUAAGAUGAAUGAUUUUAAUAUUAUAAAUAAUAGCAGGAAUGAUGAGCUUAAUAGUAAGAUUGAUAAAUUACUUAAUGCAAUCAUUAAGUAA